AUGGGCGGUACCGAAGGAGGCGAAAAUGAACUCAUUCAGAUCACUAUUCUCGACUUCCUGACUGGCAACGUGUUGCUAAGCCGCCGGCUUGUAAACCCAACAAGACCAAUCCUAGACUGGCGUGAGAAUGUCACCGGUCUAAACGCGAACAAGAUGUCCGCAGCUCUCCUACGGAACGAAGCUUUGGACGGUUGGAAGGCCGCACGCGCUGAACUUUGGCGCUACUCUGACAAGAGCACGAUCCUCAUCGGGCAGUCAAUCCAUAAUGACCUGCGAGUGCUGCAUACUUCUCAUGCGAGAAUCAUUGAUUCCGCCAUCAUCACUGCAGAUGCCGUCCUCGGGGCGGAGUCGAAGAUUACGAAGAGGUUGGGCUUGGAGGUGCUGUGCAAGGAGCUGCUUGGCAUCCAGAUCCGUUGUCCGAUCUGGGCGGCUGACGGCGUAGCACACGAUGAUUUGGAGGAUUGUCUGGCGACCAGGGAAUUAGUGUUAUACUGUGCCCAGAAUACGGAUCAGCUGGAGAGAUGGGCUCAAAGGACGAGAAUAUCCUUCUUGAAGAUAAUGACGAAGACAAAUAAGAAGAACAGGGGAAGUAAGCCACAAGCUGGGAAUGCGUCGGGGGAAUAUGUGUUGGACUGGGAUACAUGGCCGAAGUCGCCACCAGACUCAGAUUAA